UAUUAACUCUGAAAUGUAACAUGCCCCAACUUUGGUUCAACCGAAAGUCUGUUGAGUUGCCAUGGUUAUACAGGAAACAAUACUAGCACAAUGUAUUAAAUAGGAUUUGAGGAAACGAUGUACUUACAAGUUAUGGAUGUUUAGGUGGUUCAGUUGAUCUGUGUAGAAAAGCCUGUGAAUGCUUUUUGUGGACUUGCAUCUAAGGCGGUCUCUUUUUGUAAGUUGUAGACAGUGCAUUCAAGGAAUAUGCGUACAUUGGAAAAAGUACUGGACAACACGGAUGGACCCAGAUUACGAGCCUGAUGAUACUGAGACUCGUACUCUAUACGGACUCCAGCUCCAGCAGCUUCGCAACAAUGCCUCAGUGACGAAAGAGAUGUUCAACAACUUAGUGACCAAGAAAAACAAGUUAUCCGAGGGAGCCCUUCGAGACUUGAUUGUGGCCACCAUCGCUGUCAAGUACACGCAGUCCAACUCUGUCUGCUACGCCCGGGAUGGUCAGGUGAUUGGAAGCGGCGCGGGGCAGCAAUCUCGCAUCCACUGCACCCGACUGGCUGGAGAUAAAGCCAACAACUGGUGGAUGAGACAGCAUUCCAAGGUCUUGGGCUUGGUCUUUAAGCAGGGGGUGAAGCGAGCUGAGAUGUCCAACGUCAUCGAUGUGUACGUCAAUGGAACUGUCGGACAGGAUAUGGACAAGGAUACCUGGGAAGGAUUUCUGGAGACUGUUCCGCCGCAGAUCACUCAGGAGGAGCGACAGGAGUGGAUGGCCAAGUUUAAGGGUGUGGCUCUGAGCUCGGACGCUUUCUUCCCGUUCCGCGACAACAUCGAUCGUGCUUACCAGAGUGGAGUCGAGUACAUCGCCAGUCCGUCCGGGGCUGUACAGGAUGAGAAGAUUGUCGAGGCUUGUAAUGAGCACGACAUUAUUCUCGCUCAUACCAGCGUCCGUCUGUUUCAUCAUUAGAUAAUGCUGAACACGACAUUUUGGUCUCGUUGCUGGAGGCUGUUGAACAAUGCAAGAAGACUCUGAAGUAUAUACAUGUAAUGUCAUUGAACAGUCGGCAAAACAAAGAGUUCUCAAAUAAUUGGCAGUCACAUGGUGAGGUUCCUGGCAGUCACAAUGUGAGUUGCCUGAAGUGUUUUUGUUUAGCAGAAAUUUUGUGAAGCAAUAUUUUGUGCUUGACUAGCUUCAUGUGGUGGUUUGGGUUUUGAAGUAGUCUUGGUGUUGUCCCAAAAUGUUCACAGUUUAAAUUUUUAGAUAUCAAUAUAAACCACAAGGGAAACUGACUGGGUAAAUUUGUAAAUGAUUUAUGGGGUUGAACCCCACAAAUCAGUUUAAAUUUUUUUAACAAUCCAGGAAACAAAGCUUAUUGUCAUUGCAAGAUUAUUUGAGAACUUUUUGUUGUUGCUGUGAUUUUCGACUCUUUAAAGUGAAUUAGUAGAUAAAUAACGGUGGCACUUUUUUUAUGAAUUUACCAAGUAGUGUUAUUACAGGCCUGAUCAUCAUUAUCAUCAUCCUUCGUCCUUGGACGGAAUAGUAGAAGCAGCUUUGAUGAAAUGGUGCCAGGUGUCUUUAUCCCUUUGAGUUGUUGGGUCUCGUUUUAUGAGAUUGGUGUCUUUGGUGAUGGUGUCUUUUCCUCCUGCCGCAAUUUGGAUGUCCACCAGAAGGAUUCCAGAAGAUCAGGUGCGAUAUGGGUUGAACAGGGCUGAUACUUCAAUCUGUCCUGGGCAAUUUCUUCUGGGUACAACUUUGAGAGAUAUACACUUUUAACUGGACAAUUUGACUGAAAUAUUUGGAUUGGCAUUUUUUAGGCCUUUUUUGCGGCGUUCAGGCGUUCAAUCAUGUUGGUAAAUGGGAGCCUGUGGAAUGCUUGGUGGCAGCAGAGUUACCAGGGGUCGAUUUCACAAAAAGUUAGGACUAGUCCUAACCUAGAAAAAGGAGAUGUUAAAAACGAAGACUAGUCUUAUCCCUUUGUGAAAUCGACCCACGGUAAAAUUCCAUUGUUCAUGUAGUUGUGAGCACACGCACAUUACUAGGAACAAUGGAUUUACCUGGUAAGUCUGCUGCCACCUAGUGUCACCAAAUGUCUACCAUUGUUGCGUAUCCACUGCAUGCCCGAAGUUUUCCUUUCUUCGCGUCUUGCUUUUUUUUCAUUUGACGUAAUCAUAUCCCACCAGAAGGUAAAAUUAUUUUUUGUAGAUUUAGCAAAUUAUCAAUGAGGUACUAAGUCAUCGAGUGUCGGACAUAAAAACGGACAAGUCAUUUUUUUUCAUUUCUUUCCAGAAAGAAUAACUGAAAUAAGACUGAAACUUUUCAGUUGUGAGGCCUUGCCUAUACCACAAUCAGGCUUUCAAAGUCCAGAUCAUUCUAUUUAUGGUGACAUCAAAGUUUAUUUUCCUAUUGUUGCAUUUAAUGCUGUUGUGUAUUUGUGUGAUCAUAAAAAGGUAAGCACAUAUAAAAAAUGUUUGGUGUCUGUGGCCAUGCCAAAAUAAAACAUUGGUUAUGGUUGGUUUGAACAACAAAAAUACCAGGAUGGUAUUUCAGAAAUGCUUUUCCUUCAUCGUUAAUAAUAAUAAUAGUGGCUUCUUAUAAAGCGCGUGUAUCCGUCACUUAGUGACACUCAAGGCGCUUCAACA